AUGCGAGCGUGUGGCGCGGCUGCUGAUGAUGAUCUCGUACAGGAAGUUGCUGCAAUUGUGAGAGCGAGCUACGAGGAGAUGAGUGAAUGCCGCGCGGCUCUCGAGCGCAUGGUGGACGCGCUGAGCGGCGAGCUCGCCGCGUCCGCGCCGCCGUGUGGCGAUCUGCGGCGCGAGCUCGAAUGCUGCUACCUCGCGCACGCGCACCAGCCGCUCAACUGCUCCCACCUCGUCACGGAAUUCAUGCGAUGCGCGCGCGACCACGCUCUCCGUGAUCAUUCAUAA